AUGCAGGCCCUUUCUGCUGUCCUUUUUCUUGCCUUGGUGUGCUUUACUUCAGCCUUUGAUAAAAGAAUUGUUCGUGCUAAUGCCACCUUUGCGAACAGAGCUAGCUAUAGCUCAAUAUCAGUUGCUAAUGGAGGACGUUGGGGUGAGUGGACAUGGACUGAGAUGUGUCCAGAGGGGUCAUAUGCCACUGGAUUUAGUAUAAAGGUAAAGGAGUAUGGGGGAGGUGCUUUUGAUGACACGGCACUCAAUGGGAUCCGCUUAUUCUGCUCCACAGAGCAGACCAGCCACAUUAUGUAUACCAUUGAAUCUAAGGUUGGAGACUUUGGGCACUGGUCAGGAGUUAGAUGGUGUCCACGGAAUGGGGUUUUACAGUCCUUUCAGCUGCAAGUUGAACCCGAGCAAGGGGCGCUGUAUGAUGACACAGCAGUGAACAACAUCAAGUUCCGUUGUAGCAAUGGCGUUAUCUUGGAGGAAUCUGGUGGUCCCUUUGGGGCCUACAGUGAGUGGAGCAAGCCUUGUCUUAAUGGUGGAAUUUGUGGCAUUCAGACUAAGCAGGAGCCAUACCAGGGACCUGUGAAAGAUGAUACAGCCCUAAACGACGUCCGUUUGUUCUGCUGUCAAUAAAUUCUGUUGAAGCUGGUGGUCCAUUCUUUGUGAACAAUCUACUGUGCAAUGAAUAUGCAUGUGUUUCUCAAUUAUUAUAUUACUCUCAAGAUACCUUUCAGGGUUGUGGCGGAAUUGUUUUCCAGCACUCACAGCACUGUAUGAGAUAACAUUUUCACCUGUCCAGAAAGCAAAACAGGUUGGAUUCCAUAUGGAAAAGUAACACUCCCUCAAAUAGUACAUUCAUUUUAAUUUAUUUUGUAGAUUUAUAUCAUACCUUUUUUACAAUAAACUCAAGCAAUUUACAUUAUGCUCUCAAUCUUUCCCCCACAACAACAACCCUGUGAGGUAGGUUGGGCUGAGAGUCUGUGGCUGACCCAAAGUCACCCAGUUGGCUCCAUGGCUGAGUGGGGGCGGGGGGGGGGGACUAGACCCCAGGCCAACUGAAUCCCAGUUCCUC